CUGUGCUCGUCUCAGCCAGCCAACCUACAAGCCAUGCCGAACAAUAGCAGCGGCGGUAGCAUCUCGAAUAGCAUAAACACAGCCCACGCCGGGGACGGCAGCCAGGCCCCGAUGAUUUUCGCUGGGAACGAGAGCAGGCUCUCACCAACGUCUGUAUCGCCACCCCUACACACACAGAAUGCAGAAAUGAAGCAAACCUCAAUGGGCAACGUAGACAAGAUGCCGAGUCCGAAGUUUGGCCUUGUCCCAGCGGGAGGCGAGGGCAGCUUCAGUACGUCGUGGCUCGAUCCAUUCAUGCCCCAAGACCCGGCCAGCCUCGGCUUCGCGAAUCACCCCCUGCCUCUUGCCCUGCUCGGCUCGCCGUUCGACCCUCAUCGCCAGCAGCCGUCGGGCAUUCCCGGUGACGUAACCCAUCUGAUGAUGCCAAACCCGGCGCCCGCCGUGUGGCCGACAUGCGUGUCGCCCUCGCAGGCUUUCUACUCCUCUGAUCAACAAACCACGACAACACCCACGACGUCGCAUCUUUAUGACAGCCACGAAUGCUUCUCUCCCGAUACCGCCCCGACCACGAUCGAGCAUGCGAACCUCGGCAGGGACUGGGACGGAAUGCCGAUCUACAGCGACGAUACGCAAUUCCUGCUCCCCGAGCUUGGACAGGACUUCAACGCGCAGCGUCGGUACUCGGUAGACUCUGAAGUGCCGACGCUCUACUCUGCGGACAGCCCACCCAUGGACCCCGAGGCUGGGGUAGACCAGAAGCCCCUGACCAGCCACGACAUGCAGCGGAGCUACUCGGACCCGGCCGCCGUCACCUCAACUGUGGCCCGCGAGGCGACCCUCUCCUCAUCACUGUCGCCGCCGCGGCGGUCCCUCCGUAAGCUCCCCACGCGAUUCCGCCACUCCAAGGCAACCUCCCCCUCCUCCUCCUCCUCCGUCGCCGCCAACGCCAUCGUCGCGCCGGCGGCGACCCUCCCGGCCGGCAGCGUCCCCGUCCCGUCGGCGCUGCAGGAGCGGACGUGGCAGAACUGGGCGCCCUGGAUCAACUCCCUGCCCGACGACGACCUCAAGGCGCUCGAGACGCGGCAGCUGCACCCGCUCCGCUACUCGCCCGGCAUGACGCAGGAGCAGCGCAACCUGACGGACCUGGCCAACGAGCGCAUGAUGGCGGCCAAGAACUUCAAGCGCCGCCAGAUCAACAACGCCGCCGCCGCCCGCUCCCGCGCCCGCAAGAACGAGGCCCUCGACGCCGCACGCCGCGACGCCGACGACCAGGCCCGCCGCUGCGACGAGGCCGUCGCCGAGGCUGAGGGCCUGCGGGGCCGCCUGGCCGGCGCCGAGGCGGCGCUCGAGGUCGCCAGGGCCGAGAACGAGGCCCUGAGGGCGAAGCUGGCUAAGGUGGACGGCUCCGAGAUGUAG